CAGUAGUUAACAUUUUGUAAGGAAAAAAUAAGCAGUAUGAACCUGAAAUUUGCUACAAAUAUAUCCUUUAUGUUUAUGGAAGCCCCAGCUAUUACUGAAAGAUAUAAAUUAGCAAAAGAAGCUGGUUUUAAGGCAGUAGAAAGUGGAUUUCCUUUUGGACAUUCAAUUAAAGAUGUAUCAGAAGCUAAAAACAAUGCAGGUGUUGAACAAAUUCUCAUUAACGUAUUUACAGGUGAUGUAUCAAAAGGAGAAUUAGGAUUUGCAGCAAUACCUGGAGAAGAAGAUAACUUUAAAAAAAGCAUUGAUCUAACAAUAGAAUAUGCAAAAGCUUUAAAUUGCAAACAAAUUCAUAUCAUGUCAGGCAAGAUAAAAGAAGCAACUGCUAUGAGUAAUCAUGAUGAUGUUUAUGUAAGAAAUCUUUCGUAUGCAGUUGAGAAAUUUAAAAAAGAAAACAUAAUUGGUCUUAUAGAACCUAUUAAUAAUAUCACUGUACCAAACUAUUAUAUGAACAGUUUUCAGAAAGGCUUAGAUGUAGUGAAAAAGAUAAAUAGUCCAAAUUUAAAGCUACAACUUGAUAUAUUUCAUUUACAACAUAUUUGUGGCAAUAUUACAAAAAAUAUAAAAGAACUUUUGCCAUAUAUAGGUCAUGUGCAAAUUGCUCAAGUACCAAAUAGACACGAACCUGACUCAUCAGGAGAAAUAGAUUAUAAAUAUGUCCUUUCUAUUCUAGAAAGAGAAGGAUAUGAUGGGUAUGUGGGUUUAGAAUAUCGUCCACAAUCAUCUUCAGUAGGAGGAUUAAGUUGGAUACAAAAAUAUGGUUACAAAUUAUAA